CGAACCUACGCAACAACCGCGACGGUCUACUAGACCAUGGGAAACCGUAUGUCUCGAUCUGAUGGGCCCCUACCCACUCUCCAAGCGAAGAAAUCGAUUCAUAUUGGUCAUCACUGAUUCUUUCUCCAGGUGGAUAGAAGCCUACCCGCUGCCUCACGGCGACGCCAACACGAUUGGCCGCAUGAUGGAUACGCACCUGUUUCCCAGAUGGGGAUACCCAAAAAUCCUACUCUCCAACAAUGGCACUCAGUUUAUGGGGAAACUAUGGAACGAACUCUGCCUCAAAUGGGGAGUCUUACACUACACCACGCCAAUUUAUCACCCCCGAGCCAACCCUACCGAGAGAAGGAACCAGGAACUCAAGAAGGGACUACGGAUCCGCCUACAAGAACAACACCAAGAAUGGGAGAACCAACUACCAUCCGUGCUAUUCACCCUGCGAAAUCGACAGAACACGGCAACAAGAUACAGCCCCAGUCAAAUCCUGUUUGGCCAAACCCUUCCACGGCCAGGGGAAUGGAGCCACUGGCCCGAAAAUCAACUCGAACCGCACAAAGACCAUAUUAAACAGCGUCUACACACGCUAACCGCAAUCCAACGCGAAGCCGUGUUGAACCAAGAAAAUUAUCUCAAUAGGAAGGGAGACCCGAUAGCCGAGACACAGCCUCAUUACCAGAUCGGCGACCAGAUGGAAGGGACCAUAUACGGUCGCCCACAACCAAGGAGCUGUCUACUGGAUCACCCGUGACAACGAGACCAUCAAGGUGUAUGAGACUCAACUACGCCCGGCUCCAACCACCGACCAGCAACAUCUCUUGGAAUAACAACCCACC